AUAAUCAGCCGCAUUCCAUCCCCUUUUUCUGCUGACAGCCCCAGAUCUUACAACUUUUAGUCUGGGUGAUAUUCGCAAAAUGUCGCGAUGGCGCCAAAUCCCGAUGUCACUACGAGAGCGCAGCAGGUGUUAGAGGCGUGGAGUCAGGGCUUCAAUGUCGGUGCUGUGACUAUUCUGCUUUUGUUGGUUUUGUGCAAUUAUCGGAAGAAUACGCUUUUGCAUAAGCUUAUUCUCGGUGAGCUUCUUCUUGCACUUGGACAUGGGUUCUUUUGCUUUUUCGAUGAACCUGAAUAUGGAUGGGUCCUCAGCAGCACGGCAACCCUAUUAUAUAUCUCAUACUUCAUCCACAACCUCAUCGCAUGGCUUAAAAUCCGUCCCUUCCUCCCAAAAUGGGGAGCCCGGAUCUUCAUCAUCUCACUUCUCAUCGUCCAGCCCUACUGGGUUCUCGAAACAUGGGCCAACUUUCAAUAUCACAACCAUCUCGGUAGUAAAAUCUUCAACACAUCACGACUUCUCGAACCACUCUUCAGAGACCCCUGGUGGGUAUUCACGACUAUAAAACUGGUUCUAGCCAUUAACGAGAACUACGAGUUUACGAUUCCGGGCCUUAUUCGAACUAGUCCACGAUUUGGAAUCAUGUUAUUCUGUUUGUUCUUGUCGAUUGUGUUUUUGAUCACUGAUGUCAUUUUCAUGAUUGCCGUGUCGAAAAGAGGGGGCAUCAAUCCUUUUUGGAGGCUCGCUUUGGUUUUCAAAUGUGCUUCUGAUGUCAUUUUUCUGGAUGACUUCAAGAGCGUCCUUGACCGAAUUUCAGAAUCAGCCAUGCGAAAGAUCACAACGUUCGAAUAUCGAGACCACGCAUCACCGUCUGUUAACCAACAUACCUCGGUUGAUUUUUCCUCACCAAAUUUCCAGCGUAAGAGCUCAAGAUUUGGAUCAUCUUCUAGGGCGGAAAUGGGCUCUAUCCUCCAUCCAGUGGGAUCUCGAGAUGAUGGCCAUUAUGAAUUUGCCUCAAACUAUAGCCAGGCUUCUGUGGAAGACGGUGCUGCACGGCCAUGGCUUGAGGACGAUGCAAGACGUUCGAGCUCUCAUUCGCCAAGACGGAGAGGGGAGUCCCCGGAUAAUAUGAUCACUAUACAAGAGGACGAUAGAGCCACUGAAGUGGAGGAUAUUCCGAUGGAACCAGUCAGAGCGCGGACAAGAAAUGACCAAGCACGUUAGGAAAUAGUAUAGCAGGUAUAAAAAUUAUAUUAUGAUGAUAGAAAUCUAUAUAUGGUAUUCCCCGUUAUCCAUAAAAGCAUCCAACCCUUUUCUCUCAUCCCAUUAAACAUUAUACCAUGCCAUGUCUGCCCUAGGAUUGACUUCCUAUUUCCAUAGCAAUAUUAAGCAUACUCCUCGGCCACCACGUCUCCAUCCCCAGAAACUCCCCAAAGAAAUUCUUCCUUCUCGUAUACUUCACUAUCCUCCCCAACUCACAAGCCCCAAUACCUCCAAUCCACCAAACACCAUCUAACAGCAUAACCAAAACAAGCCAAUGAGAGAAGAUAUCCAUAGCAAGUCUCGUCGUCUCAGAGACAUCGCCUUCACACUGAAUACCCUCGUCGGGAAUAUUUCCUGGACUUGUGGGGAUGUUAUCUAGCACAGACUCGACGAUGCUGAGAAAUUCGCUGGGGAUCCGGUUCAGGAACCACAUUAUUGUUCGGCGGAGGGGUUUGGGUGGUGUCGAGAAUGUUACGCGGGCCAUGUAAUUUCGUAGCCAAGGUGAUACAUCUGAGAGUUGACUCAGUGCAGCCCAACCCGCUUCUAGAUCAGGUUGUUGGGAAUCUGUAUAAGCGCUCUGAUCUGGGUGAAACAGCUCAUUCACGAUACUGCUCAGCGCUUCGAGGGCAACAAGACAGGCUUGAAGUUCAGUAUCCUCACCCGGUGACUCCCAGGAUGGCUUCAAGUGCGCAGCGAACUCCAAAGCCUGCGCUCUCAUUCGUAACUUCUCCAGCGCUGACCCCGAUGUCGCCGCGAUAAUAGGCAUGAGAAGUUGCUCUGUCUGGGGCGUAGGUCCGUUCUCCCCCAAAGGAAUCAAGCCAUUAGUUGACUGGCUGUUCAAGGUGAUGUCAGGCGGACUAGCCGUAAAGUCCUCCAAGAAUCCAAAAUCCUUCGUCGAGUGCAAAAGACCCGUAUACGCUAGAUGCGCCGCCCGGAUGAGCGUCAUCCAGUGUAACUGCACCGGCGCCAAGCUCGUUCUCUCCCCUGCAUCCAAUGUCUUUUCAACGUGAAUUCUCACAGCGUGAUUCGCCGUUGCGUAAAGGACCAUCAGCGGUGCAUUCGCAACAACGUGGUCGUAAUGAUUAGCAAUUGGAAUAUCAGCCCUCGUCUGCCGAAGCGAAGCCCUAUGAUGUUCAUCUGCAAGAGCAAGUAAAUGCCUAACUUGACUCUUGUCGAUCCUCUGCAAAGGUUGAGAUAUCAAAUCGUGACAUUUUCGCACAGCUGCGAGAGCGAGGAUAGAGCUCAUGAGGGGUUUACUUCUGAAAGCAAGAUUGGGAAAUCCAACUUGCAAUGCAUACAAAUCAUCUUCAUCGUAGGCUAGAGAGCGCGCUGUGUGGGAGAGAUAGUAACUAAAGAGUUCAAGCUCUGCGGCGCCGAGAUCGACGGAUGGAAGGGGGAUUUCUUGCGGGAGGAGAGUGAAGUUGGGGCUUGGUGCGAGAUAGGGCGACAAGCCCGGUGAGAGAUCUGACGUUGAGAGACUCGCGCUUGUUGAACGGGCGUAGUAUGGCGUUGGGAUGGUGAGAGACUGGAGUUGACUCCAUGUGUCUUCUUGAGUAGGUGAUCUCAAUGCACGAGAUUUUUGACGAGGAUAUUCACAUGGGAUGUCUUUAUCGAGACAUCGUGAACAUUGAGGUCUUUGCUCAUCACACUAUUUCCAUUAGAACUGAAGUCAAUUGAU